AACCGCACCACUUAACCCUCAAUCCCUCAAAAUUUCCCCUAAUUCGUAUUUGCCGCUCCUUAUUCCCGGCUUCCCGCCCCUAAUUUCCCAUCCAACCCUUUAUUGUUCUACCACCACCAGACAUUCCCCAUAUUUGCUGAUAGGGCAAAUUUUAAUAUAUGUUUUUCUCUCCAUUGUCGACGGUAGCGACUAGCGACUCUUAAUUCGUUCAAGCACUGUAACAACCAUCGGUAAGGAAUAACCAAAAAGCAAGCAGGCAACAACUGUGACUUUUCAGAACGUUAUUUUCAUCUGGAGGAUGAAAAUGGCUUUGACUGCGUUGAUAACUGUAAUUAUUCAGAUCGUUAUCAGUGUAUAAUAUUUCCUUGAUGUAAGGAUACGAGUAUAAUAUACCAGCUUAUGUUUGAAUCAGAGUCAUAGAUGAAUUUGUAUAGGCUUUGUUUUAUUGAGAUUUUUGAUGUCAGACGACUUCAGAUGCACUAUGGAACAUCACUUAUUAGGUAAGUAUAACUGCUUCGUCUUCUCGAGCUUUUUGAUGUCAAACUACUUCAGAUGCGCUAUGCAACAUCACUUAUCGGAGGUCCAUCGACUCCAGCUACUUUUUUGGUUGUAUAUGCUAUUUUUGGGCUCACCUUUCCUGGAAUUUAUGACAAAGAGAGAGGGGCUAUCAUUUGCUUUUCCAAUUCCCUCUCAGUAUUCUGACUGUUUCCAUAAUGGGAGGGAUUGUCAAAAGGAUUUUCAACAAGAAAGAUUCAUGCUGCUUUGUUCUUGGCAAAUCCUAUUCAUUGGUGUGGACGUUGUGUUUUGUUUGGAAAAUUCUACAGUUCGGAUUCCAGUUAUGAAUUGAAGACGUCAGUUUGGGUUGAAAGUACAUCGGUUCGGGAAGUUAUUGCGUAUGUACACUUGUGUAUACAUUUUAAGCUCAUUUUAUUAAUGUAACGUUAUAUUUUGUUAGGCAAUACGGUUUGGUUCCAAGUAUGAAUAGAAGACGGUACAGGGUUGCAAGUAUGAAGACAUCGGUUCGGGAUGCUAUUGUAUAUCACUUUCAUCAUCUAAAGAUAUAUAUGUAUCUAUGUUACUUUAAAACUCUUGUAAUCUUGUGUUACUUUGAAACCUUUGUGAUUUGUAUUCUUGUGUUAUAUUAUAUUGGUUCUAAUUUAAUUUUGUUUUUUGUA